AUGCCCACCAUAGCAUUGAACAAGGCGGACCUAUACAAAUCACUAGGGAAAGAAUACACCAAAGAUGAAUUCGACGAGCUCUGCUUCGAGUUCGGUCUCGAGCUGGACGAGGACACAUCCGAGUCGAAGCGACCUAUAGGGCCAGACGGCGUGGAAGAGCCACCUCAGCUCAAGAUUGAGAUACCGGCCAACAGAUACGACAUGCUGUGCUUUGAGGGUAUUGCCAUGAAUCUCAACGUCUUCCUCGGACGGCAGCCCAUGCCCAAGUACCGUCUCUCAGCACCACCCAAUGGCGAGCUCCAGACGACAUAUGUCAGCGCAGACACAGCAAAGAUACGGCCUUACUUCUCCUGCGCGAUAUUACGCAACAUCAAGUUCACCAAAGAGCGGUACGAAUCCUUCAUUGCCUUGCAGGACAAACUACACCAAAAUCUGGCCAGACAACGAACGCUCGUCUCCAUCGGCACGCACGAUCUGGAUACAAUGGAAGGCCCAUUCUCAUACGAAGCCCUCCCACCCGAACAGAUCAACUUCGUGCCACUCAACCAGGAAAAGUUGAUGAAUGGCAAAGAAAUGAUGGAGUUCUAUGAAAAGGACAAGCACCUCUCCCGCUACCUCCACAUCAUCCGUGAUUCGCCCGUCUACCCCAUAAUUUACGACAAGAACCGCACUGUCCUCUCCAUGCCCCCUAUCAUCAACAGCAACCACACCAAAAUCACCCUCGACACCCGCAACGUCUACAUCGACAUCACCGCCACCGACAAGACGAAGCUGGAAAUUGUCAACCACAUUCUCGUCGCCAUGUUCUCUCAAUACUGCGCCGAGGAAUUCACUAUUGAGCCCGUGAAGAUCGUCUCGCCUCACAACAACGAAACCCGCGAGACUCCCGACCUCACGCCACGCGCCACUCAAGCCUCCUCCAAAUACCUCAACUCCGUCUGUGGCCUUUCCGAAUCUCGCGAAUCUCUCUCCAAAUUACUAGGAAAGAUGUGCUACCAAGCCCGCCCCUCCCCCUCAGACUCCGACAAACUCGACAUCGACGUCCCCAUCACCCGCGCCGACGUCCUGCACGAAGCGGACAUCAUGGAAGACGUCGCCAUCGCCUACGGCUUCAACAACCUCCCCCGCCACUUCCCGGGCACCGCACACUCCGUCGCCGCACCUUUGCCAAUCAACAAACUCGCAGACAUCGUCCGCCUCGAAGCCGCCAUGGCCGGAUGGGCAGAAGUCAUGCCCCUCAUCCUCUGCUCCCACGACGAGAACUACGGCUGGCUGCAGAAACCCGACGACGGACGCGCGGUGCGGUUGCAGAACCCCAAGACUGCUGAGUAUCAGAUUGUGCGCACCUCACUCAUCCCCGGUCUUCUCAAAACCGUGCGUGAAAACAAACAUCACUCCGUCCCGAUGAAAGUCUUCGAGGUCGCGGAUGUGGUGUACAAGGAUCUGGAGAAGGAGAGGAAGAGCAGGAACGAGCGGCAUUUCGCGGCGUGUUGGUACGGGAAGAGCAGUGGGUUCGAGCAGGUGCAUGGGUUGAUGGAUCGCGUGAUGACGAUGUUGAAGGCGGCUUUUGUGAGCCGGGAUGAGGGGCUGGAGAACAAGAGGGUGCAGGGGUAUUGGAUUGAGGAGGUGGAGGAUUCGACGUACCUUGCCGGCCAUGCUGCGGCGAUUUACCUGUCUAUCGGUGGCAAGGCGCAGAGGAUCGGGACGUUUGGCAUUCUGCAUCCGAAAGUGUUGAGGAUGUUUGAGCUGCCGUUCCCAACGAGUACGCUGGAGAUGAAUGUGGAGGUCUUCCUGUAG